CAUUGCUUGCUUGAAUUCGUUCUUUUCGUUUAGUUUAAAGAGACCAGUUUUGUUCUCUUUAUAGCGAGAGAGACACUGAGAGAGAAAAAGAGAGAGAGAGAGAGUGUGUGUGUGUGUGUGGGUGCAUAGAUCAAACAGUCCCGGGCCAUUGAAAAUGUUCUUGCAAUGAGUUCUGCUAAACAACAAAAGACCAUGUUUUCAGAUGGGAGGUGGUCGUGAGAUUUCGGUAUCAUUAGUUUAUUUUCUCUUCAAUGAUUGAGUUGCCUUGCAGCUGGGUAUAUAACUGCUGAGGAAUUUCUUAGUAAGAGAAGCAGGAGAGAGAAGAAGAUGAAGUCUAUGAACGACAAUAGCAAUGGCAUCAACAAUAACUGGCUGGGUUUCUCUCUUUCAACCCACCUGAAAAUGGAGGUAGCUACUGGUCCCCAACACCGUCGUCAUCAGUACCAUCAUCAUAGUCAAGAUUCAGCGGCAGUUGCUGCUGCCGCUACUUCUGUAUCUAAUGCUAUUCCUACGAGCUUCUACUUGUCUUCUCACCUCAAUGGUUCUGGAAUUUGCUAUGGAGUUGGAGAAAGUGGAGGCUUUCACGCUCCCUUGCCUGUUAUGCCACUUAAGUCAGAUGGGUCUCUAGGCAUCGUGGAAUCCCUCAGUCGAUCACAAUCAGAAGGAAUUGUACCUACUUCGUCUCCCAAACUGGAGGACUUUCUGGGUGGUGCAACUAUGGAAACUCAUCAAUAUGAAAGCCAUGAAAGGGAAACAAUGGCUCUGAGCUUAGACAGCAUGUACUACCACCAAAAUGCAGACCAGGAAACCAAUAGGCAACAUUCUCUGGACCAUCUUCAAGAACCUUUUAGGCAACAAGGCCAAGAGUUUCCUGUUCAUACUCACCCCUACUAUUCAGGACUGGCCUGCCAAGGCAUGUAUCAGUCGCCAUUGGAGGACGAAACCAAGGAUCCCCAACUUGCAGUCUGUGAUUCCCAGAUUCCUCAAAUUGGGCAGGAUGCAAUGCCUUGCUUUAAAAACUGGGUAGCUAGGCACUACUCUACCCAUAGUUCACUGGAACAGCAGAUGACUAGUAGCAUGGUUGAUGAUGGAGCAGCUUCUGGGUCUGUUGUUGCAAUGGGUUGUGGGGAUUUACAGUCUCUCAGUUUGUCAAUGAGCCCUGGUUCUCAGUCCAGUUGCGUUACAGCUCCAAGGCAGAUCUCAUCUACUGCCACUGAAUGUGUGGCCAUGGAAACAAAGAAGAGGGGGCCCGGAAAAGUGGGAAAGAAUCAACCUGUUCAUAGGAAGUCCAUUGACACAUUUGGACAGAGAACAUCCCAGUAUAGAGGUGUUACCAGACAUAGAUGGACGGGUAGAUAUGAAGCUCAUCUCUGGGAUAACAGUUGCAAGAAGGAAGGGCAAAGCAGGAAAGGGAGGCAAGUUUAUCUUGGGGGUUAUGACAUGGAAGAGAAAGCUGCUAGAGCUUAUGAUCUCGCGGCUCUUAAGUAUUGGGGGCCUUCGACGCAUAUAAAUUUUCCUCUUGAAAAUUACCGAGAAGAACUGGAAGAAAUGAAGAACAUGAGCCGCCAGGAAUAUGUUGCCCAUCUAAGAAGGAAAAGUAGUGGGUUCUCCAGAGGGGCCUCAAUGUACAGAGGAGUAACAAGACAUCAUCAGCAUGGAAGAUGGCAAGCUCGCAUUGGCAGGGUUGCGGGAAACAAGGAUCUUUAUCUUGGAACAUUUAGCACCCAAGAGGAAGCAGCUGAAGCUUAUGACAUUGCUGCCAUAAAGUUUCGUGGUGUAAAUGCUGUGACCAACUUUGACAUAACUAGAUAUGAUGUUGAAAGGAUCGUGGCCAGCAACACUCUGCUUGCUGGAGAGCUAGCUCGGCGAAACAAAGAGACAGAUUCAAACAAUGAGGCCAAUGAUUACAAUACACCAAAGCUAACCAAUGGAGAAACAAUUCAACCUGAAGUGAACAAUGGGGAUGAGUCAGACUGGAAGAUGGUUUUGUGUGAAUCUCCACAGCAACAACCUGUUGGUGCUGUUGAGCCGCUUGAUCAGAAGUCCGUGAGUACCGCAAACUGUGGAAAUCCGGCUUUCUCAAUGGCCCUGCAAGGUCUCAUAGGAGUUGGUUCAGUGAGCUCUAGCCCACCAAUGGUGGAUGAAUCCACCAAUGUAGGGACUCAUUAUUCUAAUCCUUCUUCGUUGGUAACCAGUGUUAGCAACUCGAGAGAAGGCAGCCCAGAUAAAACAGGCUCCACAAUGCUCUUUGCUAAGCCUUCCUUGGCAUCAAAGUUCAUUAGUCCGACAAAUGGUGUUAGUUGGUUUCCAUCAGCAGCGGCUCAGCUGAGGCCUGCUGCUAUCUCAAUGGCUCACCUGCCCCUUUUUGCUGCCUGGAGCGAUACCUGAAUCUUUUUUCUCCUGUUACUGGAAACAAGUGAAGUUUUGAACGAGGCAGAAAAAGCAACAAAAUCGGUGGAGUUAGUGGGAAAGUAAGAUUUUGAUUAUGUCUUUAUUAGGUGCAAAAUAGUGGAGGGAAUUUGGGAUAAAUGAAAGGACAAAGGUGGGGGGGACACCUGUCAUCUGUCUGGUAACCAAAGUGCAAGAAACUUUUAUUUUCAAGCUUUACUUUUCGGCUCAUAUUGUAUGAAGGUUUUUACAAAAUGGAGGGAAGGGGCUAAGAGAGGGAGCCUAAUGAUUAAAUUCUAUGCA